GCACGGAGUGAGGAGAGCGAGCCUCUGGACUUCCAACCGCUCAGCAUGUGAACCGACGCUCUGUGUGAAGUCAGGUCGAAAAACGAUGGAAAUAUAAGACUUUCUUAACUUUUAAACGCUUCUUCGUUUGAGCCAAAGUAGCAACGCUCGAGUGUUUGACGCGCUGGACUAACUUGGGUUUUCAUUACUUUGAGAAAAUGGGACUUUGAGUGUUAUUUUCACCGGGUCGGGAGUGAGAGUGGGCUGCUUGGAGUCACUUACAAAGACCAUCAAGAAGUCAUGACACGACGAACGUUUCACUUGGAUUUAUCUUCAUAAAACACGAGGAAAAGACGAUUGCGACGACUUCUACUCGAAAUACUCGGACUACAAGAUAAGUGUUGCGGCAUUUCAUGUAGAUUUUCUUUGCUUUUCAACCGUUUUCAAGUCGCCCUACUUGGAUCAAAGUUUUUCCUUCCCUCCCCCCUCCUCCUCAACUAUGGCGGCGGCCAGGUCCACCACUGGCUCCGUGUUGCUGCGGAUCAUGUGGCUUGUGUGCGGGCUGUCUUUCUCAUCUGCUCAACAUUACAACAGUGAGAGUGGGAUUUCUGUACCAGAACACGGGUUCUGCCAGCCCAUUUCCAUCCCGCUUUGCACCGACAUCGCCUACAACCAGACCAUCAUGCCGAACCUCCUGGGCCACACAAACCAGGAGGACGCCGGACUGGAGGUGCACCAGUUCUACCCUCUGGUUAAGGUCCAGUGCUCUGCGGAACUCAAGUUCUUUCUCUGCUCCAUGUAUGCACCAGUCUGCACAGUGCUGGAGCAGGCCAUCCCCCCUUGUCGGUCCCUGUGUGAGCGUGCACGGCAAGGAUGUGAAGCCCUCAUGAACAAAUUCGGCUUCCAGUGGCCGGAGCGGCUCCGCUGCGAGGCUUUCCCCGUCCACGGAGCCGGUGAGAUCUGCGUCGGUCAGAACACGUCCGAACCCAGCAGCCCGGCCUCCUCGUCUUCCCCGUAUGCACCCGAUUAUGUGACCCCUCCCCCAAACAUCGGCCGACCCAACCAACGCCCGCCGCAACACAACCAGUACCACCAGUUCUCCUGCCCCCUCCAGCUAGAGGUGCCUUCCUACCUGGGCUACCGAUUUAUGGGGGUCAAUGACUGCGGAGCACCAUGUGAGCCCACUAAACCAACUGGCAUCAUGUAUUUCCGAGAGGAUGAAGUAAAAUUUGGCCGCUUGUGGGUUGGGAUCUGGUCCAUUCUGUGCUGUGUGAGCACCUUAUUCACAGUGCUCACUUAUUUAGUGGACAUGAGGAGAUUUAGGUACCCCGAGAGGCCCAUCAUCUUCUUAUCUGGGUGUUAUUUCAUGGUGGCUGUUGCCUAUGCUGCUGGGUUUUUCCUGGAGGACAAAGUUGUUUGUGCUCAACUAAAGGAAGAUGGCUACAGGACAGUGGUUCAGGGGACCAAAAAGGAGGGGUGCACCAUCCUCUUCAUGGUGUUGUACUUUUUUGGUAUGGCCAGCUCCAUCUGGUGGGUGAUUUUGUCCCUGACUUGGUUCCUCUCAGCUGGGAUGAAAUGGGGACAUGAGGCAAUUGAAGCCAACUCCCAAUACUUCCAUCUGGCUGCAUGGGCUGUCCCGGCCAUUAAAACCAUCACCAUCCUUGCCAUGGGCCAGGUGGAUGGUGACGUCCUCACUGGGGUGUGUUUUGUUGGCAUCUUCAACGUGGAUGCUCUCCGUGGCUUCGUCCUGGCUCCGCUUUUUGUCUACCUGUUCAUUGGCACAUCCUUCCUUUUGGCUGGCUUUGUGUCCCUUUUCCGGAUCCGCACCAUCAUGAAGCAUGACGGCACCAAGACAGAGAAACUGGAGAAGUUGAUGGUGCGGAUCGGUGUGUUCAGCGUGCUCUACACGGUACCGGCCACCAUUGUGAUUGCAUGUUACUUCUACGAGCAGGCCUUCAGGGAGCACUGGCAGCUGACAUGGCACAUGCAGACCUGCAAGCGAUUCGCCGUGCCCUGCCCGGUGCAUAAUUUCGCCCACAUGACCCCGGACUUCACAGUGUUCAUGAUCAAAUACCUGAUGACCAUGAUAGUUGGGAUCACCUCGGGUUUCUGGGUCUGGUCCGGGAAGACUCUUCAAUCAUGGCGGCGGUUCUACAAGCGGCUGAGCAACGGUAACCAUGGAGAGACAACAGUGUGAAUUUUUAGGAAGUUACUAAGCCACAGAGUUUGGAUAUAACAACCAUGUAAAUGAGGUCAAAUAGCUUUCAUUUUAAACAAUAUUUUUGGACUUUUUUUUAAAAUGUUUUUUCAGGUUGUGACUGCAAUUCAGGUUUUUGGACACACAACUGAACUUUGAGCUAUAUUCAAUACAAGUUGGAUGAAUUUUCAAUUCGUUUUUUGUUUUUUUUUUGUCAUCAACGGAUAACCCCUACACUCCUGGCUUUUGCAUCUUUGGAUGAUAAACUGGUUAAAAUGGCCAUACUGGUCCCUGGACUGCAAUGCCGGAUUGCUGAGGUUAUUUUCAAUAUGAAACUCCCCUCAUAUUAUUGAUUAUAUCCCAAAUAUUGCAAUUUGAAUGUACUCCUCCUGUCUACUCUGAUGAGAGCUUCCCAGUGGAAAACACCGAAACAGAAAAGACUGAUGGGUCAAGCAAGUGUGGCCUUUUGUCCAUGCUGCAGGAAGGAGGUCAAAGGUUAGAUCGCUGCCACACCCUCUGACUGUGAAUUCAUUUAUUAGAGAUGCCUGCAUUAUACAUGUACAUUUUAUGUUACUCUGCUUUAGCUUAAGACUGAAUGCUUUAAAUGUGUUUUAGAUAUUGCAGAGCACAAUCUUGCCUGUUUUAAUCUAAAAGAAAGUCCACCAACUUGUGACUCCAUGCCAUUAUGUGCCAAGUGGCUGCCCAGAAAUCAAACCUUUUUUUUUAACUUCAUUUUUUAGUUUUUUUAACUGUCGAGUAUUUGGCUCUGUAUUGAAUGUUCACUCCGAAGGUGAAUGAAGUUAUGUAUCGGUUUGCACAGCUAUCCUUAAGGUUAAUAGUGUUAAAAAUGACUGAUUCACUACAGGAUGACCUGGAUCAAACAGUUUUAGAGACCACACACACACACAUGCGCCUCCACUCUCUGCAAUGAAGACACAACAGCUCAUUGUUUGUCACUGUGUGUGGUCUCUCAACUGUUGGACCCCUCCCCAUCAAAAAGACUUUUAAGCUUUUAAGACAUCCAAAGCACCAUUUCAAGGAUCUAGAUUUAAUCCACACCAGUUGGAAAUGGUUGCUCAGGAUUUCUGAUGUUAUUUUAUCCUGGAUAAAGAUGACUGUACACAUCCAUGCUUGUGUUCAUCCCAGUGUAACUGAAUCUGCCGUAAGUGUUACAUGGUUUUUACAAGCGGGCCGAACAUUUUGGAGUUUUAAUGAAUCUUUAUUUUAGUGUCUGGGCUACCUUACUGAAGCCUUCAAAACAGAGAAACUGCAUUUAUUUUUUUCUCCAUGUAGAAACAGGUCUGAUGUUUGCUGUUCUAAAUCAUGGAAAUACCAGGAAGGAGGUCAAAAGUCACAACCAUGUGGAUUUUUUUUUCUGUCUUUGGAGAGAGGGUUGAAGAAACACUGUGCAGUGUUAAGCAGAGUUGGAGAAUUUUAUCUGGGACCAAAUCACUGGAGACAAUAUAGCCAAUCACUACAACAUAAUUGUUGAAAUUGAUCACCCACAACCUAAUGAUUAGUUCAAUAUACAUAUUUAAAAUUCACUGGAAACAUUUGAAUACCACGCAAGGUAAACUGUCAACUAAAUGUGCCAUUCUUGAAAAUAAAACAAUACAAAAGUGUAUUUCAGUAUUCAGACUGUUCAUUUUUUUCUGAAAUCUAAGUAGUUUUGCAAUAUUAGUGGAAACUCAAAUUCAAGUGAGAAAACACUAAAUUUAGUAUAAUAAUGUAACCUCUCAACAGUCCUGAAUACAGUAUUGGUGACAAUAGCCUCAAUGAAAAAUGGCAACCAGUGAUUUAGUCCCAUCAAUGGUCCUCUGAUGCAUGCAGAACAUGGCUUGAACUGGAUCGGCAAACUUCACUUUAUUCCUAUGACUAUAUCAUAACAAUCAGCAGGAGAUCUUAUGGGGAAACCUGAGCAAAGAAGCAUGUUUUAUCCUAGGGGAGUCGGCUACAAGGCAGCAUGUCUGACAGAAGGUUCUUGUCAUAGAUCACAUUUUCUCUACCUACAUCAUUUGUAAAUGAUAAUGGAAACUCCUUGCAGCAAUUAGGGUAAACUCAACAUUAUGGCCUUAUAUACCCGAUAUUCUAGUUAUUUAAAUCUACAAAGCUGUGUCCUGCAUUCACACAUACUAACUCUAGAAACUACACUAAAAAUACACUAAAUUGUCAUAGUAUACUGUUGAAGCAAUUUGUGUACAAGAUGUGUCACAUUUCCUAUGUGAAUGUACUACAUACCUCAAACCCCAGUUAAAAUGAGUACGUAGGACUGAGUUAGGAAACAGGUCAACACUCCACAAAACAUCUCGUCCAUGUUUUAACCUAACAAGGCAAAAGUAUUCAGUGUAAUUGCCUUCAGGCAGCUGAGAUCUGCCAGUGUCAAUGACACUAAACUAAUGUGUUUGUCCUGUAUUAAGGUUUCAGAAGGAAUAUCAGUGUGUGUGUGUGUUUGUUUUUAUUGGAACAUAUGCAACCUACCAAGUACACACAUACUGUUUUGUAAAAGGCAUAUUGUAUUUAUGGGGAUACUCAUUUUUGUCUUUUUUACUUUUUUUUUUUUAAAACAAGUUAAGCCUGUUGUAUGUGUACAGUUUGAAUAAAAACGAUAAGGUUUGUAA